UACUCUGUUAGGGUUGUUGAUACAAGUCUCACAGUUCAGUAUACGAGUUACCUUCCAUAAACAAAUUCCUUGGAAAAAUGCUCAUUGCCUUCAACGUUGGGAAGCAGAGGAAGGGAUGAAACCACUUAUAGUGCUGGCAGGGCUGGGAAUUACAGAGGACUCCCAGUUGGCAGCUGCUAUCAUCACUUCUUCCUCCUCUCCCUACUCAGUUGGCGUAUGCAAAUAGGUGCUUUGCAUGGGCCCCUAGCCAAGAGCACAGAAUGUUGGCUUAUACCUGAGAGGUGUGGUGGCUUCGCUAAACUGGAAUCCUCUCUGCCCUCCUUUUGCCAGGCCCCCCUCCCAUUCUCACCACCUCUGUGCCACUCAAAGCAGACAGAACCAGCAGGGCACACAUUCUAUGUAACUUUGACUAGCAGGAUGGUGAAUCUGGAAUACACUCACCCAGUUCCUUCAGAUAUUAACAUGAACCGGGAACCGGAUUCCACAGUGGAGCAGCAACAUGGAAGUGGACACCUGGAAAACGAUGCUGAACGAGACACGUUGGACUUUAGCAGACAGAUCAAAACGGAAGAUUUCAGUGAGGCACUACAGACGGGAAUACCACAUCGGCCAUGUCACCUGUCCCAGGCUUCCAUGAUGGGCGGAGGACAGAUGACUGGGGAAAUGACUUCUUUACAUCCUCUGCAGCAGCUGGUAUUGGUACCCAGUCAUCUACAGUCUGCCUCUCAGUAUCUACUGUCACAAUCCCAAAGUGGCCAACAAGGUCUUUAUCAGCCAAAUCAUCUCUCACUCCCUCAGCAGCAAGGUGGAAUCCUUCAGCCACAAACUGGUUUAGGUUUGGCUUCACAGGCAGUAGGACGUCCUGGACUUCCAGGUUCUUCUCUAGAAUCCCAUUUGGAAAUGGGUCACCUGCACGCUCCAAAACAUUUGUCUGUGGUGUCAGAUGAGCCAAGUGACCUAGAAGAACUGGAGAAAUUUGCAAAGACCUUCAAGCAGAGAAGAAUAAAGCUGGGAUUCACACAGGGCGAUGUUGGACUGGCCAUGGGAAAGCUCUACGGAAAUGACUUUAGCCAGACAACCAUAUCCCGAUUUGAAGCUCUUAACCUGAGUUUUAAAAACAUGUGCAAGCUAAAGCCCUUGCUGGAGAAGUGGCUGAAUGAUGCAGAAUCUGCCCCCUCGGAUACUGCCUUGACUCCCAGCGCCAACUAUGCCCAGCUCAGUGAAAUGUUUGGGCGCAAGAGGAAGAAACGCACAAGCAUUGAAACCAAUAUUCGUCUAACACUGGAGAAAAGGUUUCAAGAUAACCCCAAGCCAAGCUCUGAGGAGAUCAGCAUGAUAGCAGAGCAGCUAGUGAUGGAGAAAGAAGUGGUCAGGGUCUGGUUCUGCAAUCGGCGACAGAAGGAAAAACGAAUAAACUGCCCAAUGAAUCUACCACUAAAGUCCCCAGUCUACAACUCCAGAAUGGUACCAACAUCUGGUUCUUUGGGAUCUAUGUCCAUGACAGUGACAUCUUCUUGUUCCCCGGGGAAUUCCAGUAGACCUUCCUCACCAACCUGCGGUCUCCAGCCCUGUAGUCCAGGAUCAUCAUUAAUCAGCUCCAAGCCCACAGUGAACACAUCCGGUUACAGCAACUCAAGUUCCUGGUAUCGAUGGAAUCAUUCCCAAUAUUUCCACUGAGAUAUUGCACAAAGCAGGCACUCUUUCAGUGCAAGUAUGAAGGCGAUGCUUUGAUUGAUUGCAUAGUUUAUGUGAGGUGUAAAGAAUGAUGCAUAUUAUGGUUGGUGUUAAAAGAUUUAUCACCAUUCCGAAGCAUGAAGAUAGAAAGCACCCAGAGCUGCUUUCAGUGUUGUACAAAAAUGGAAGAUGUCUCUCAACCAGGAGGAACUUCCCACUGCUUCAUGAAUGGUUUCACCAGCAACAUACAUAUUAAUACAGGCUUUCCUGUCUGUUUUUCCUCCUGUGCUGAAAAAGCCCAAAACAACCAUAUCUGUUUUUAAGAUGUUUACGAAGUUUGCUUGUGUUCCCCUCUUUGUAUAUUUUCUUACCCUGUUUUUCCGUAGUUUUUUAUGGAAGGGAUGGCCUUGUAAUUUAUUCUCACUUGUAAAUAGUUUCUCUAUGUUUAUUGCGGCUCCUUUUAGUCAUUCAUGCUUUACAGAUGAUUUGUUAAGCUUUCAGAAAAAACAUCUGAGCCUUAAAAGUUAUGUUAAAUAUUCAUUAGGGUUUAGGGUGGGUAAAUGAGUCAAUGGCUAUUGAGUUAAAAAUCGAUGCCUCGGAAGCCUUGCAGAAUAAAACUGCCAUGUAAAUGUUCAGAGAUGUUUUGUAUGUAUACGGUAUUUAAAUAAAAUGGUAAAAAAGAGAAACUGUAUCUUCAUU